CGGAUUGUUUUCAUCGAGCUUAGCCGGUGCCGUUUUGGAGCGUAUCACUAGAGAAUUGAUGAGUCCUGCACGAGGCUUAAUCAGAAAUGAAACUGUUUGGAGCCCAGGGCUGGAAUUAGAGGGGUUCGGGCUUUGUUUUCAUUUUGCCAACUUCCUCCCUUUCCCUUUGCCGGCGAAGUAACAUGGCAGCAGAAGAAGAGGAUGUAUGGGCAAAAGCCACAAAAGUAGCUGAUGAUUUGUACGAGAUUAGAGACACUUUUUUCCCUCAAAACGCCGAUGAUAAAACCUCUAAACUGCAACACGAAUCCGAUCUCGCUCUCAAUCUCCUCGAUUCCAUUCCUGCUGAACAAAGAAAAUUACCUGCACGGCGUGCAGCAUAUGAGUAUCUACGAGGGAAGAUAUUAGAUGUAGUGCCUGACUAUAGGAAGGAAGCAGAGGAUCAUCUUUCAAAAGCAGUUAAACUGAAUCCAUCUCUUGGAGAUGCUUGGCUUUGUUUGGGUAACUGCAUUUGGAAGAAGGGAGAUUUAACUUCAGCAAAGAACUGCUUUAAUCUUGCACUAAGCAAGGGCCCGAAUAAGAAGAUACUUUGCCAAUUAUCAAUGCUGGAAAGAAGAAUGGCUCAAGGUGCGGAUAAUCAGGCAGAAAUGGUUGAGGAAAGCAUUCAACAUGCCAGGGAAGCCAUAACUUUGGAUGUCAAGGAUGGAAAUUCUUGGUAUAAUAUGGGAAAUGCUUGCCUGACAAGUUUUUUUGUUACCGGAACUUGGGAUCAUAGCAAACUUCUUCAGUCCUUAAAAGCGUACCAAAAUGCUGAAAAAGAUGAAAGAAUGAAGUCAAAUCCGGACCUGUAUUUUAAUUGUGCAACUGUAAACAAAUAUCUAGAGAAUUAUGAUAGGGCACUUGCUGGCUUUGAAGCUGCUGCCUUAAAGGAUCCUAGUCUCAAUGCUUCUGAAGAGGUUGAAAAGAUGGUCAAUCUCCUCAACAAACUAGAGAUUUUGCUGAGGGGACAUUCUAAGUCUAAAAGACUUGCUUCUUUAGCAUCCACCACUGGUGCUGUUAAUUUGAAUUCCUCAUAUAAAAGGGCAACUCUAGAUGCGCUGUCAGAAGGUCUAAAUAAAGCAGUUGCUGUACUGGGAAAAGUGCUAUUGUUUGUUAAGCAUGAGAACAUCACCCCCCUCAGUUACUUUUUGGUGUGCGAUUCUGAUCAAAGUUGCUUUGUGCUAUCAGUAUAUGGUAUACGCAAUGACACGAUUAAAGAAGGAGAUCAACUAACAUUGUUGGAACCCCAUUUCCGUAACAUUGACUUUUCUUGGAAAGGAAAGUGUUACCAAUUCAAGUCAAUUCGCGUGGAUUUCUUGGAGCAAGUGCUUGUGAAUGGCAAAGCUCUUCCCCCACAUCAGGCCAUUCGCACAUCUAUUUAUGCUCAACAUAAACCAUAAAUGUUGUGUGGAGUUUUAACGAUUUAUGUGUGCCUAUUGUUUACAGUCAUUCUUUUUUUAACUUUUUCCUACAUUUUUCUCGUUUGUCCUACCUUAAUACUUUUGUGUUAAUACAUCAGCUGAUAAACAAGGAAAUGAGAGAGAUUUAUUGUCUGUCA